GGUGCGGGCCUGGGCGGCCUACUUAUGGCCUUGGUCAUCCAAAAGGACUGCCCAGAUGUUGAGGUCACUAUCUACGAGUCCCACGCGGAGCUCACUGAAGUCGGUGCCGGGAUCGGUGUCUGGCCCCGAGUCUGGGAAAUUCUUAAAUAUGUCGGCUUGGAGGACACCCUCCGUCAGGCCACUGGAAGCACGGACCCCAAUGAAGCCAGAAUGUCGAUGACCAUGGCCAAAGCAGACGAGCCAAGCAUGAUAGACUUCCAUCAGUUUGCGCCCACCAUAUACACUUUCCAGCGCUCCAUGCUCCAGAAGCUGCUUGCCGGCCACCUCCGCGACCCAGGCAACGUCCUGCAGUUCUCGAAGCGCCUGGACACGUAUACCGAGCCUGCCGACGGAACGACGGGCCCCGUCAUUCUGCAGUUCAGGGACGGUACCUCCGCGUCGUGCGAUCUGCUCGUCGGCAGCGACGGGAUCCGGUCGACGGUGCGCCGCGUCAUGUACACCAGGCUUGCGGACGCCGAGGCCGGAGAGAAGGCGGAGGUGCUUCGCUCGAUGAUCGAGCCAGUCUGGUCGGGCUGGGUUGCCCACCGCGGUCUCAUCCCCACCGCCAUGUUGUCACAAGAGGCUCUGGCGAAGAUGAACCGGCCGCUCAUCGUGAGUACAUCUCUCGUAGGAAAGGACAAGCUGAUCAUCAACUACCCCAUCGCUAACGGGACUCUGAUCAACGUCGCCGCCUUCGUCGGGAAGCAGGUUGGCGAAGACGCCGUUUACCACGGACCGUGGGUGGCGCCCGAAACGGCCGAGGAGGUUGCGAGCAACUUCGAAGGCUGGGACCCGAUUGUGCAGAACCAGCUGAAGUGCAUCCAGAAGCCUAACCUGUGGGCAAUCCACACCACACGCGUCUUGCCUACCUACGUGAGGGGCCAGGUUGCCCUCAUUGGGGAUGCGGCCCACGGUAUGACUACCUUCCAGGCGUCGGGAGCCGGUCAAGCGAUGGAAGACGGCUUCAUCCUUUCUGCGAUCCUCAGUCAGAAGGCCGUCACGGCCGAGACGCUUCCGGGGGCCCUCAGGAUAUACGACGAGAUACGCCGGCCGUUCUCCCAGGACGUCAAGGAAAAGUCGCGUCUCAACGGCGGGAGCUCUCAUCUGUGGAGGCACGGGUGGGAGAAUGUGACCGCCGAGCAGAGUGCCAGGGGCGAGUACCCCAGGGAGUUGCUUAAGGUUGUGGGCACGGAGUCAGAGCAGUCGAUGAGCUGGACGAUCCACGGCAGCAUCAUGCAAGACCGCGACACGGUUCUGCAAAUGGCCGGCGAGUUGGGACAGUAG